AAAACCGAUGUUGUAUGCGAAAAAAAUGAGCUUCACGCUCGUCUUUUCAUCGCUCUAAAACUGCUGAAUCGUUCAUCCAAGUUCAACGACCAAUAAUACCGAUACUUAUUCUAAAAGUCUCAUUGAAAACAAUUGUUAAGAAGAAUGAUUAGAAUCAAUCGAUCCCUUCUAAAUUACCAACUCAAGAAAAAUACCAUUUAUUCUUUGGCGCUAAAAAAUAGAGCAGAGUAUUAUUCUAGUUUGAAGGAAAAGGACUUGCACACAAUCAUGGAAGAAAGUAAAAGCCGAGUUAUAAUUCACAAUGAUGAAGAAGGUGAAAAACCAUUGAAAAAAUUAAAUUUUAAAGCCCUUAUGAAUUACAAAAGAAAGAUCAACAUUGAGAUAGUUCCUCCGCCAACAAGUAAAAAGCCCAGAGCAGUGGUUGAUUUGAAAUUGAUGAAAGAAGAACUAAAGCAACUGGAAGAUCCACCUAUGACUCCUUGGGAGAAAAAAAUUAGUUCCAACAGACUUCCAUAUUCCUUCUACGAUGUACCUUGCAAGACUUUGGCCAAAAGCAUACUUGGAAAAGUUCUUGUCAGAAAACUAGAAAAUGGAACAAUCUUAAAAGGAAGAAUUGUGGAAACAGAGAGUUACUUGGGUAUUGAGGAUGGAGCUUCACACACAUUUAAAGGGAAAGUUACACCCAGGAACACUCCCAUGUAUAUGAAACCGGGAACUAUCUAUGUUUAUUUUACAUAUGGGAUGUAUCACUGCUUUAACAUAUCUAGUCAAGAAUCGGGUAAAUUUGUACUGAUUAAAAAUAUUGAACCCUUGGUUGGCCUCGACUACAUGGAACUUUUGAGAAAUACUCAAAAAAGUGUAAAUAGAGAAGGAAAUGAAAUGACCAGAAAUAUUAAGAAAUUCAAAAGUCAUGAGCUAUGCAAUGGCCCCUCAGAAAUUUGUAAAACAUUUGUUAUUGAAAAAGAUGAAUUUGAUGGAAAGAACAUUUGUAAUAAUAAUUAUCUUUGGAUAGAAGAAAAUAGUUCUUAAGAAAACUAAACAAGAAGGUAGUGCAGUACUUGUCAGGGCUUUAGAACCUCUCGAGGGUAUUGAUCAAAUGGCACAGCAUCGCAGUUUGAAACCAGGUGCCAAGGAACAAAAAAAGUUGUCAAAGGAGUUGAAAACGCAUGAACUGUGUAAUGGACCAUCAAAAAUCUGCAUGGCCCUUCAGCUAGAGAAACAGCACAGCAAGUACUCCAUGUGCAGCUGGAAAGAACUCUGGUUGGAGGAUGAUGGAACAAAGGAAGAAAUAAAGAUAGUCGAGUGUCCAAGGAUUGGAAUCGAAAGCUCAGGAGUGGAGUGGUCACAGAAGCCUCUCAGAUACUACAUUUAUGGACACAAGUGCGUCAGUAAAAGAGAUAAAAAGGCUGAAUUGCAGUUCAAUAUUUCUCAAACUAACUAAGAUUUCCUAUUUUGUACAAAAAAAUAAACAUUUCAAAUAUAAUAUAAAGAUUUCGCAAACAAAAA